AUGUCCGCUUCCGGGGUCCCUAGUGCAAAGACUUAUGAUCAGGAGCUUAGAGUCAUGAACCGCAAGCGGUCGAUCGAGGAAGUAGACACGGAACGCGUGGAGCCGGCUUCGCGCCGACGCAAAACCGCACACCACGGACUUGAAGUCGUCGCACUUCCUGACAAAGUCUCCACAACUUCUAGACCUAGGCCUGUGAUGACGGCUAAGAAGCCCACGAAGUCCACUACAACCGGCAACAAGGCUCGAAACGUCCCGGAUUUCUUGGUUCAAGGGGAACGAUAUUACCAAUAUUUGACGAAAUUCCCACUGCCUUCCGUAGCCUGCUUGGGCAAACUUUCAGGCGUGAUAUCCGGGGAGUUUGCUCUCCGAUUUGUCGACCGAUCACACCCCGGCCACAAUCUUGACGUCUUGAUCUGGGACCAAGAGCCCAAGCGAAAUGAGAUGGGGGAGCAUCUCGAGAAGAAUGGCUCCAUAAUAAUUGACGAGGGUAACGUGGGAGGCUUCUAUACGUUUAGGAUGUACCAGCGACAGGACCAUCCUGAGGUCGUCACGAUUUUCUUCACCAAUCAGCCACCGAUCAGCGAGAUCCUUCACGGGCUGUAUAUACGCACGGCACUAUCCAACUUCAUCACGGCCACGACGGCCUGUUGCCCUUUCGCACGUUGGACUAUGAAUGAAGAUAGUUCUUGCUUGUUCGGGUUUGGCAGCAGGCAGAAAGGUGAGCCCCUUGAAACGGGCCGCAGCAUCAUCUUGAGGACCGGCCAUGAUCUCCGCGACAUUGACGCCGCUCACAAGGAUUCAAUUGAGCUCCCGCCAGGCAACCAUGGUACCUGGUUUUUCAAAGCAAAUAGCGAACGCUCACCAGGCGGCUCUGAGACCUGGGCGAUUACACUCCACAAUGAGGAGAUCACGCCCCCAAGGCAGCCCGACGUCGUCGUCAACGCAACAACUUUCCAAGUUUGCACUAUCAAGCCCCUGGCACCGGAGAAGGGCUUCCGCUAUGUGAUUUCUUGGUGAUUUGACGGUCAAUUUGGAUGCAGCAAGGGAUGGAGGCAUCUCAGAUGCAUCAUGACGGAAUGGUCCGAGAAGCUUUUACGAAAAGGUCGAUGAAGACAAAUAGGGGUUGAGGAGAUCGGCCCCGGAUAUGCCUCAUGCUUAUAAUGAUCGAGUUAUUUCUAGUCGUGGCAAAGGAGGAAAAACUUAUCUUUGUAGCCUGCGAGAAGUAUCUCCAAAGGCUGCACUACCCGUUAAGAACUCUUUGCUCCUUUUAGUCGGAUAUCGAUGAUUGACGGCUUAACGUGCAAGCUUCCCUUGAUUUCUUCCGACUUGGUCUGUCGCGUGUUCUUUAUUUUGCAAGUUCAGAGCAACCGACAAUUACUUGCCUCUUUCAUCAAGCUGCGGAUCUGACAUAAAGCGGGUGGUGGAAAGCCAUGGCACUUUGUACUUUGAAGUCCAGAUUUUGCCAAUGUACGGUCAAUCCUUCUUAUUCUCGCC